AUGGCUGCAGCCGUUUCCAUAUCAAAAAUAUCUGAAAUCAAACAUUCCCUCGUUUGUACAUUUGGAGGAAAUCAAACCUUCCCUCGCCUGUACAUUUGGUGGAAGUCUAACCUUCCCUCGUCUGUACAUUUGGAGGAAAUCAAACCUUACCUCGUCUGUACAUUUGGUGGAAGUCUAACCUUCCCUCGUCUGUACAUUUGGAGGAUAUCAAACCUUACCUCGUCUGUACAUUUGGAGGAAAUCAAACCUUCCCUCGUCUGCACAUUUGGAGGAAAUCAAACCUUCCCUCGUCUGUACAUUUGGAGGAAAUCAAACCUUACCCCGUCUGUACAUUUGGGGGAAAUCAAAUCUUCCCUUGACUGUACAUUUGUAGGAAAUCAAACAUUCCCUCGUUUGUACAUUUUGAGGAAAUCAAACCUUCCCUCGUCUGUACAUUUGGAGGAAAUCAAACCUUACCUCGUCUGUACAUUUAGAGGAAAUCAAACAUUCCCUCGUUUGUACAUUUGGAGGAAAUCAAACUUUCCCUCGACUGUACAUUUGGAGGAAAUCAAACCUUCCCUCGUCUGUACAAUGGGAGGAAAUCAAACCUUCCCUCGAUUGUACAUUUGGAGGAAAUCAAACCUUCCAUCUACUGUACAUUUGGAGGAGAUCAAACCUUCCCUCGUCUGUACAUUUGGAGGAAAUCAAACCUUCCAUCUACUGUACAUUUGGAGGAAAUCAAACCUUCCCUCGACUGUACAUUUGGAGGAAAUCAAACCUUCCCUCGUCUGUACAAUGGGAGGAAAUCAAACCUUCCCUCAACUGUACAUUUCGAGGAAAUCAAACCUUCCAUCUACUGUACAUUUGGAGGAGAUCAAACCUUCCCUCGUCUGUACAUUUGGAGGAGAUCAAACCUUCCCUCGUCUGUACAUUUGGAGGAGAUCAAACCUUCCCUCGUCUGUACAUUUGGAGGAAAUCAAACCUUUCCUCGUCUGUACAUUUGGAGGAAAUCAAACCUUCCAUCUACUGUACAUUUGGAGAAUAUCAAACCUUCCCUCUUCUGUACAUUUGAAGGAAAUCAAACCUUCCCUCGUCUGUACAUUUGGAGGAAGCCAAACUUUGCCGUUCUGGAACUCUUAG